CACUCUGCUAAAACGGUGUCUAUACCAAAGCUUUCACUCUAUGAUGUUAGUGUCGUAGCCGACGAACAUCUUUACUUGUGGGACCAAGAAGAUGACACGGCCAUGGUCAAACCGAUACUCCCAAAACCCUCACAACGAACAAUCGAGCGUAACUGGUCUCCAGGAACGUUGUGUACAGUUCCCAACUCAACCAACCUCUGUGUGUUGAUGGAUCCAGCACAAAACCUGAUCGCCGUUGUCUAUUUUGAUGACGAGACACUCUUCAUCAACCUUAGAGCCCUGGUUGAUGAUAGUUUUCACCCUCAAGCUGCUGGACCAAUAUUGUUUCUGUCGGAGCUUCCCGGAUACGACAACGAUGUGGAUUCAGAGAGUGUGAAGCUCAAGGUUAUGGGGAGGCAUAUCGCUUUGCAGCUUGCUGCUUCGAACUGUGACACGUGGCAGCUGCAGAUUUGGGACUGGCAGCGCUCGACGACAUCAGAUAAUGUCCUCAGCGGUGAUCAUCCCUAUGAGGUUGAUUUUUGUUUCCUCAGAAACGAUAGAUUGCUCGUUGUCGCUGACAAUUUGAAACUCUAUUCAAUCGAGGAUAUGUCCAAGACGCCAGAAUUACUGGCGUCUUUUGUGCUGCCCGUCCAACUGCCGGGCAUGACAGCAUGUCUCCUUCCCGUGGAUAGUAUUACGUGUAGCUCACAACCGCAGAUGCAAGUCCAACAAACAAUGUACACCCCAGAUCCUAAACAUCGGCUACUCUGCAUUACCAUGUACACGUAUGUGUCGUCCAUCGUCUACAUCAUUUCUACCAGGAUUUUCUUCGAUCUUCCCGAAAUAGCAGUAGCGACACCAAUACCGUGGAAAUGCUGGGGUCCUUCAAACACUCGUAUUUUCCGAUGCCCGCCAGAGCACGACGAAUGCAGAGUUCACCAUAACGGAAAUCGAGUUUUACUACUAUUACGAGUCCACAAUUCGAAACGCAAGCCAGUGUGGAAUCGCAAAUAUGAGUUGUGUAUCAUGGACUUCAGCCCGCUAGCUGUGAGGAACAGUCGGGGUCUCGGACAAGUGGUGACAAAGCCAUCUACGCUAAACGUCGCUGAUCUAAAUUGCAAGCGUAACAGUUGUGAGGAGCGCUUGACGACUUUCCUGCCUUAUGUCAAGGUCGUAUUGAACAGGAGGUUCGGUCUUGACGAUUUAAAGAACAUAUGGAUGGAUAAGGAUAGGAUUUAUUUACUCUCAGACAAGCUCGAGGUCAUUGACGUUUAAAACAUCCCAUGAUAAAUCGUCGACAUUGUUUAGACUUCUAAUAC